AUGCACUUCACCAACAGCAUCAUCGCCGGAGCUUCCGUCCUCGGUCUGGCCACUGCCAGCCCUGUCGACCUCGAGGGUCGCCAGUCAGCCUGCUCUUCAUACACCAUCAUCAACACCCGCGGCACCGGCGAGCCCCAAGGCCAAUCCUCCGGCUUCACCACCAUGAACAGCAACAUCCGCUCUCAAGUCUCGGGCGGCAAGAUCUACAACACCGUCUACGCAGCCGACUACAGCCAAAACUCUGCAGCAGGCACCUCAGACAUUGUCAACAAGAUCACCACCACCCUCCGCACAAGCCCCAACGAAUGUUUCAUCCUCGAGGGAUACUCCCAAGGUGCUGCUGCCACUGUCAAUGCUCUGCCCAAGUUGACUGGCACCGCCAACACUGCUGUCAAGGGUGUUUUCCUCAUCGGCGACCCUCUGCACAAGAGCGGCUUGACCUGCAACGUUGACAGCAACGGCGGAACUACCACCAGAAAUGUCAACGGUAUUUCACAAUACUAUGGCGCCAACAGCAUCCCCUCUGGUUGGAUCUCGAGAACUCUUGAUGUUUGCGCUUACGGCGAUGGCGUUUGCGACACCACCCACGGCCAGGGCAUCAACGCGGCUCACCUGUCUUACCCAAGGGACUCCAGCGUGCAGAACCUGGGUACCCAGUUUGUUGUUGGCAAGCUCCGUGGUACUUCUUAG